AUGUGUGUUACCGAACUUUGCGUCACCAACCAGACUUGCCAGCAUCGCUGGUAUCAUCUCGUCCGACCGUGUGCUCCCUCCACAGACCUGGCCACUUGCAGCAAGAAGCUGGGCAUCUCUGGCUGGGAAGUCAAGGUCGACCACUGCCCUUACUGCCAAGGUCAUGCCACCAGCUCCGAGUACAAGCUCAUUGGCGACGGCCCAGCUCCGCCUGUGGGCUCUCUCUCUGGCCUUGCACGCACACACUCGACGAGUCUGCACGCUGCUCGUCGCGACGAACGCCUGCAGCUGAUCACAUCCAGGAGCGACAGUGUUACGAGUAUCGGAAGCAAGAGCAGCAUUGUCACAGCAGCCUCGGAGAAGAACCGCGCCAUGAACGCAAGACUCGACUCGUACUUCUUCCCAUCUGAGGGCUCCCCGGUCUCUCCGUUCCCCAGGUCAGUUCGAGAAGCGGAAGACGAGAACUCUGCCGAAGGCUCCAGCGACACAUCGAGCAGCGACCAGGCAAGUCUGCGGCACCAAUCCAUGUCCAACGAGCCCUACAGAGUCAGCAUGCUGUCGCGCAUCGGUCGCAAGACCAAGCGCUUCUCCAUGUUCAAGUGA